AUGGAUCCAGAGAACCUCCAGUUCUUCUCGACAGCUCGCUAUGACCCUGAGCUGAGAAAUGUGCCCAGCCUCGGACUUGAUCACGCUGCCUGGAACUUUCGCAAUAGCUCGCCCUUCUACCUCCUCGACUAUCAUCGGGAUCGCAUCCUCGAUGCAGCCAGGCAUUGGAACUGGGAACGAGCUAUAGCGCAGCUCGAGGGCCAGCAGGGACUCGACAGGCUGUCGCAGGGUCUCGCGGAACUCGUCGGGUCCGAGACACAUCCAUUGCGCCUGCGCAUAGUCAUUGAUCGUGAGGGCCUCUUGGGGCUGGAGAAGUUUGAGUUCCCAGCAGUACCCAUCACAGGACUUUUCCCUCGCCGGCUACCGAGACCCGACAGCACCCCUCUGGCAGACGAACCCCCAAAGUCGUCGCCGUAUACGCUCGUGCUGGAUACGGAGGACACAUCGAGUUCACAGUACACCCAUUUCAAGACCACGAACAGGGCAAUGUACAAUGUGGCCCGUGACAGGGCUGGCAUAUCGCCCAAGGACCGCAAGGAAGUCCUCACGGUCGAGGAUGGCUUCGUAGUCGAGGGUAGCAUCACGACUCCCUACUUCUGGAGAGGCAACAGGUGGGUCACGCCGCCUGUCGCGAGUGUUCGUGGCGGGCAGGAUGGCGUGAGUCGGCGGUGGGCUUUGGAAAACAACUUGGCUGUCGAGGAAAAGGUGCCCAUCAACACACUGGUGGAUGGAGAGGAGUGCUGGAUCAGCAAUGGCGCCAGAGGGUUCAUGUUCGCGCUUCUCCGCCUUGACAGCCCGUGACCAGGGGCCCAGUCCUCAAGCCUUCGGAGGGAUCAAAGAUAGUUCAAGACGACGUGCUAGCAUUACUCCCCAUUGUCCGUACUUCUGUGUUAUAAACAAGCCUUACCAGCUGCUUCCCCAACCAUAUGUACCAACUGCGCCGAUGCGCUUCUUCCGUGCACCUUCUCUGCGGGAAGUCCACCUUCGAAGCGAUCCAAGUUGUCGCAAAGGGAAAACCUGGGUAUCAAUUCUACAAGCGAUCCCAGGCUUGCCGUAGAAAAUCCGAGCGAGCACAAUUAUCAAACGUAUAGCAUCCGCUUCCAAUCAUCGAGGGCGCGUCGCCAGCCGGAGU